AUGGAUCGAGAUUCGAUUUCACCAGACGUAAUUGAUUCUGUUCCCAAAGAAAUAUUAGAAAUUAUCUAUCCCAGUAAAGCGAAGGUGGACUUGGGUAACAUUUUAACACCCACGCAGGUGAAAGAUAUUCCCACGGUAAAUUGGAGUCUACGACGUAGCGUUGGCACUAGUGCACCCAAUAUAACCCCUUAUUAUACUCUGGUCAUGGUUGAUCCGGACGCGCCAAGUCGUCAAGACCCUAAGUUUCGGGAAUGGCAUCAUUGGUUGGUUGUUAAUAUUCCUGGGAAUGACGUCAAUGACGGGGAGGUGUUGAGUGCAUAUAUCGGAGCUGGACCACCGGAGGGAACCGAUCUGCAUCGUUAUAUCUUUUUAUUGUACAAACAACAACAGAAAAUAAAGUGCGACGAGCCUAUUUUGGGGAAUAAUUCUGGAAAGAGGCGAGGUAAUUUUAAGAUACGCAAUUUUGCACAGAAGUACUCUCUUGGGGAACCGAUUGCAGGGAAUUACUUUCGAGCUAAGUUCGAUAAUUACGUGCCGGAAUUAUACAAACAAUUAUCUGGGAAGUGACUAUUUUGGUGUCACAUAUUUGUGUUUGUUUGGUGUACAAAUUUAUUAAAAAUGUUAUUUUCUCAAAUAAUCUUAGCGCUAAACUACCGAAUUAAAAUAAUUCCACAGUUGUAAAUUAAAGAAUACUUUACACGGAUUAUAAGUGAGUCUAAAAUAUACUGAUUGGCACAUG